AUCCUGAAUUCACCCUGUGUCUGUAGCCGUAGUUUCUCUAAUGUUUCCUCCUGCUCUCUCACCUUAUAGCCUUUAGGGGCUUAAAAAAAAAAAAUUAGGGGCUUGGAUGCAGAAAAUGGCUAGAAGGAAAAAAGUCAGCAAUUUGAGCCCCUGAAUGAAGAAUAGGAGUUAUUUCCAAGACACAGACCUUGUCUUCAGAUGAGAAUUUUAGGAUUGAUAGCAUCUUGAAGACAGGCCGUUGGAAAUGUAAUGUAGUCCCCAAAAAUGUAGUCCCAGGAGUGGGACUACUUCUGGAGGGAGUGCUGUAGGGCCAGCCACACACUUCAGAACCACUCCGCUUCAGGGCUCUGUCUCCAGUGGACAGCUUGCAUUCAGAAAUAGAGUAGCCUAAGACAGCUGUGACCUUGGCCUUUUCUUUCUGAUACAGAAGGUACAGGACUGUGCCUUCUGAUUUUCCUCUUUGUUAAAUGAGGCAUAGGUUGUGGGCGUGGAGAAAGAAGAUGGGUUCUAAUUUAGGGUAUGUGCCAAGAAAGGCCUAGUAUCUUAUGAUUUCAUUUUCUUUCUCUGAUAGUAGAGCCCAGAGGAAGAAAGAACGGCUGUUGCACAUUCAAAAGCAAAGUCCAAGCUCUGCCUUUUCACAGCUUUGUGUUUCUCUGAGAUGGGAACCCAGAAGAGGACUGAUGAGUUCCUUUGGCUCUAAAAAUCAUGGCUCAGAGAUCAGUGAUGUUCAAGGAUGUUGCCAUCGACUUCUCUCAGGAAGAGUGGGAAUGCCUGGACUCUGCUCAAAGGGACUUGUAUAGAGAUGUCAUGCUGGAGAACUACAGCAACUUGGUGUCACUAGAAUUCCCUUCAAGGUGUGCAAGAAAGGACUUACCUCCAAAAAAAGAUAUCUAUGAAACAGAAUUAUCUCAAUGGGAAAUGACUGCCAGGCUUGAAAGCUGUGAUCUUGAGGUGUCCAGUUCCAGAGAUUAUUUGGAAGUUAAAGGCACAUUGAAGGGACAGCAAGAAAACCAAGAGGAAUAUUUCAAGGAAGGGAUGAUCACAUAUGAAAAAAUGUCCAUUUUCAACCAGCAUACUUAUUUAUCUCAACACCCAAGAUGUCAUCCUACUGAGAAACCCUAUAAAUGUAAGGAAUGUGGGAAGGCCUUUAGACGAGCUUCACACCUUACUCAACAUCAGAGUAUUCAUACUGGUGAAAAACCCUAUGAAUGUAAGCAAUGUGGGAAGGCCUUUAGUCGUGAUUCACAGCUCAGUCUUCAUCAGAGACUUCAUACUGGUGAGAAACCCUAUGCAUGCAAGGAAUGUGGGAGGGCCUUUACUCAGAGUUCACAACUUAUUUUACAUCAUAGAAUUCAUACUGGUGAGAAACCAUAUAAAUGUGAAGAAUGUGGGAAAGCCUUUAUUCGUAGCUCACAACUCACUCGACAUCAAAAAGUCCAUACUGGUGAGAAACCUUAUGAAUGUAAAGAAUGUGGGAAGGCCUUUACUCAGAACUCACAACUUACUCUGCACCAGAGACUUCAUACUGGUGAAAAACUCUAUGAAUGUAAAGAAUGUAGAAAGGUCUUUACUCAGCUUUCACAACUUAUUCUACAUAAGAGAAUUCAUACCGGUGAGAAACCCUAUCAAUGCAAGGAAUGUGGGAAAGCUUUUAUUUGUGGCUCACAGCUUUCCCAACAUCAGAAAAUUCAUAAUGGGGAAAAACCAUAUGAAUGUAAUGAAUGUGGAAAGGCCUUUAUUCGGGGUUCAUUACUUAUGCAACAUCAGAGGAUUCAUACUGGUGAAAAACCCUAUAAAUGUGAAGAAUGUGGGAAGGCCUUUAUCCGUGGUUCACAACUUACUCAACACCUGAGAAUUCAUACCAAUGAGAAGCCCUAUGAAUGUAAGGAAUGUGGAAAAACCUUUAGUCAUGGCUCACAGCUUACUCAGCAUCAAAGAAUUCAUACGGGUGAGAAACCUUAUCAAUGUAAGGAAUGUGGAAAGGCCUUUAAUCGUGGCUCACUUCUUACUCGACAUCAGAGGAUUCAUACUGGUGAAAAACCCUAUGAAUGUAAAGAAUGUGGAAAGACCUUUAGUCGUGGUUCAGAACUUACUCAACAUGAGAGAAUCCAUACUGGUGAGAAACCGUAUGAAUGCAAGGAAUGUGGGAAGUCUUUUAUUCGUGGCUCACAGCUUACUCAACAUCAGAGAAUUCAUACUGGUGAGAAGCCCUAUGAGUGUAAAGAAUGUAGAAUGGCCUUUACUCAGAGUUCACAUCUCUCUCAACAUCAGAGACUUCAUACUGGCGAGAAACCUUAUGUAUGUAAUGAAUGUGGGAAGGCCUUUGCUCGUGGCUUACUGCUUAUACAACAUCAGAGAAUCCAUACUGGUGAGAAACCAUAUCAAUGUAAGGAAUGUGGGAAGGCCUUUAUUCGUGGCUCACAACUUACUCAACAUCAGCGAAUUCACACUGGAGAAAAACCCUAUGAAUGCAAAGAGUGUGGAAAGGCCUUUAGUCAUGGCUCUCAACUUACUCUACAUCAGAGAAUUCAUACUGGUGAAAAGCCCUACGAGUGCAAUGAAUGUAGAAAGGCCUUUACUCAGAGCUCACAUCUUUCUCGACAUCAGAGAAUUCAUACUGGUGAGAAACUAUAUCAAUGCAAAGAAUGUGGGAAAGCCUUUACUCGUGGCUCACAACUAACCCAACAUCGGAAAAUUCAUAUCAGUGAGAAAUCUUUUGAGUAUAAGGAAUGUGAGAUGAACUUUAAUCGUGCCUCUCAAGUUUAUAUAUGAAUUGUAUGUUUGUGGUUAAUGUAGAGAACCUUUUCUGGUCACUCACCUAUUAUUAUUAAAGAAUUCUUACAAAUGUGAGUACGGGAGUGCAUUUGCUUUACACAGCUCAGCGUCAGAGAUUUUAUAUGGAGGAAAGAUAAUGUAAUCCAUGUAGAAAAACCUUCUAUCAUUACAGAAGACCUACUAAACUUUAGAGGAUUCUAAUAGUGAAUAAUUCUGAUAACGUAGUAAAUGUAGGAAAGCUUUGAGCCAUACUGUAUGUCUUUUUCAACAUCAUCCUGGUUCUACUAGUUGAUUUCCUCUGUGACAUCAUGAUAAUUAACCUCUGAUUUGGUUUAAUCAUUUGUAAGGCAGUCCUAAGACCUUACUUAUGUUUAUUAGAAGUAUUAAAUGAGUUAUUACAUGCAAAGCUCUUAGAACAGUGCCUUAAACAUAGUAUAUCACAAAUGUUAGGUAUCAUUAUCGUUAAUGUUGUUUUAUAGAAUUUGCAUGAGAGGGGGACACUAUGAGUGUAAUGAAUAUUAAGAAAUCUUUCACUAACACUUGUACCAGAUUAUUUGUGGAGGGGAGGGGACUGUAUGCUGUAACAAGUGUGAGAAAGCUUUUAUUCAGAUCUCAUCCAAUAUUUUAUAAGAGGAAAUUCAUACUACGAAGGAACCCUGUGGAUUUAAUCAGCGAAUUGUUAACACAGCUGUGAGAGAAUUUGGGAGAGGCGUGGAAUGAUUUAUAACAAAGUCCAAAAACUCAUAUUUUCCAUCAUCUCUAGCCACAGUUCAAGAAUAUUAUUUAGAAAUGAAAAAAAAAAAAAACUGAAAGCCAAAAUAAAUCUUUCCACUAGGAAAUUUAAAAAACUUGACUGUAUAUCUUUUGAAUUAAUAUGAAAAUAAAAACUAAAAUGGCAGAUGGUUUUGAAAUGAAAAAUAAUGAAAGCCUGUGUUAGACUACUAUUUCCCUACCCCAUAUCUAUUUUUCCUUCUUUAGUAACAGAAUUCUGAGCUGAGAAAUUAUCCCAGCCUCCCUGGCAGGUCAACAAAAUAGAACAAGUACUUGUGUCAGUAGGAUAUUUAGGAAAUCUCUGUAAUGUGGAUAUCUAAGCUGGAGAUCUAGCAGUCUUAUGAGGACUUUGAGAAUGAAUGUUGGGUGUUAAGGAUGGUGGAGCAGAAAUACAGGAGUUGGCAACCCUGCUGAUUUGGUGGAACAGACACUCCAACUCUGAUCUGCCUGUCUCUUGUAUGUCUUUAUAUAAAAUUUUAAAAAUAAACUUAUUUGUUGAUGCUGUUAUAGUUCUCAUUUAUUGACACUAAAACAAAAUUUUUAAGGAUGUAAAAUUUUGUAGCUGGUUGAAAAGUUUUUGUAACUGAAGUGGGGUGCUGUGGGUGAAAAUUUCAAAUGUGGCUUUGGCUUAAGAUCAUGGGGAAUAAGGCUAGGAAACUAAAGAUACUUGUUUUUAGAGGCAGGACAGUUGGUCAGGCUGCCUCCCAUUCUGUCUUACAAGUCAGUCCUUGUGUCAAGCUGAGGGUGUAAUGUUAGGGGAAAUGAUACAGGGUGGUUCAGAAUGUUGAUGUGUAUUGGAUGUGUCUUGCUGCUUUCAGAAAUGUCCUAUGAAAUAGAUAAAUUCAGUGUAGAGCUAGUCUGGCAACUAGCAGAGAUUGAAAGCUAUCACUUUGUUAACAGAUGCUAUCUCUGCCUGUAGGUGUGCAAUCCAGGUUGACUGUGAAUUUCAUAAUUUUGAACCAUGUGGGGUUCGGCCAAACUGAUUUUCUUUCCAUUAACUGAAGCUAUUUAUAGUGAUUUAAAGUGGCAGCCUGAAUAAGAAAUGAGACCAUUGCUCAUCUGCACAAAGGCAGUGACUGCUAGCAAAGAUGAGGUUAUUAAAUAUACUUUCCCCACUCAAGCCUAUUGGUCCCAAAUUAGCCAAAUCUAUUGAGUACUUAAUAUCUUCCAGGUACUAUCCUAGGUGUUUGAAUAUGUCCAUGAACGAUUCUAGCAGGAGGAGAUAGAAUAAUAGUAAAUAAAUUGUAGAGUAUGUUAGAACACAGAGUUUUAAGGGAAAAAGUCAUUCAAGAUGAAUUGAGAGGGACAUGACAGUUUAUCUUGCUAACAGACAUCACUGAGAAGGAAAAACUUAAUCAUAGAUUUGAAGGGGUGAGAGAGUUAGUGAUUUUCUAAGGGAAGAGCAUUCCAGUCGGGAAAAUGAUCAAAGGCUCUGAGAUGGGAAUAUGCUGGUAUAUCUGAGGAACAUUAGUGAAGCUAUGAGGGUGAGUCAAAAAAUACCACUACUAGGGUUCCAAUUCAUAUAUGCACGGGUUUAUUCCAAACAAACUGUGUUUAAGAUGUCUCUGUGAUCAGUGGAUGGCUGCAGACAAGCGCUCUCAGUAAUACACUUGUCUUAGUUUCAUUACGGUGCCUUCAAAAAAAAGGGAUACUUUUUGUGACAUGGAAAAAAAAUGAUUUUGCGGUCAGGGCUAAUACCAAAUUUUUAACAAAACUCAAUUGGACAUCUUCCCAAAUCACUGAAGCUUUGCAACAAGUUUAUCUGAAUGCUGCCCCACAUAAAACAACAGUUUUUAGAUGCAUCAAACAUUUUAAAGAAUUUAGGGAAGACUUCAAAGAUGAGCCAAGUGAGGGAAGACCACUCAGAAGGUUAUGGUGACUGUUUUUGGGGGUCCCAAAGGGGUAAUCUUAAUAGAUUUUCUUGAAGGACACAGGAUGAUGGUGAGGCUUAUGAAGAAGUUUCAAGAAAAUUGAAAACUGCAUUGCUGAGAAAAAGUCCAGGAAAGUUGCACCAAGAAAUUUUUUUCUAUCACGACCAUGAAUCUGCUCAUUCUUCUAGGGUAGCAAGGGGUGUCCUAUGAGAAUUUCAAUGGGAGACCUUACCCCAACCACCCUACAGCCUUCAUCUUGCCACUUCAAACUUUUUGUUCCCAAAACUGAAAGAACAUUUAAAAGGAACACAAUUUGAGUCCCUCGAGGAUGCCAAAUCUGCCAUUGUGAUGUGUUGUAAAUCAAGGAGUGCAGAAUUCUUCAGGGAAGGGCUAGAGAAAUGGAAACAUGACCUUCAGAAGCGUAUAGACCUAGAUGGAGGAUAUGUCAAGAAACAAUAGCUUCACAUUUUGAUAUUUUUGUUUAAUAAAGGUUUCUAUGAUUUUGUGACAACACAUUGACUUGCCCUCGUAGUUGGAGCUCUGUGCAAGGAGAGGAGGUCAGAGAGCUAACAGGGGGCCAUAUCUUGUAAGCCGUUGUAGGCCCUUGCAAGUACUUUGGAUUUUAUUGUGAGGGGAAUAGAUAGCCAUUGCAGAGUUUUGAGCAGAGAACUUGAUCUGACUUAUGCUUUGUGGCUGUUGUAGAAACAAAAACCAUAAGGGGAUAACAGCAGGAGGCUAAGUAGUAAUUCAUGAAAGAUGAUGGUGGCUCAGAAUCAGGAUGGUAGCAAUGAGUAUGGUGAGAGGUGUUCAGAUUCUAAGACAUGUUAAAUGUUAUGGAGCAAGCAAGAUUUGCUUAUGAGUUAGAUGUCAGAUGUAAGAGAGACAGUCCAAAGUGACUGUCUCAACGGUUUUUUGUCUUGAGCAACUGGAAGGCCUCUGGAGCCAGGGGGAAGCAGUGCUGGAUCUGUGAAAGUUAAGUGCAGGCGUCUAACCUGCCUCACAGGAACAAAACAACCCCUCCCCCCUCUGGGGCUUUCGUAGCACAGAAGUGCCUCUUUUUCCCUCCCCCACACCCUUCCCUGCUCUGCUCUGAUACCAGUCUGGCAGUAUUCAACAAUUGCAAAGCUCCCUAAUCCAGAAAUAAGACGUAUCAUGCCAAAACCAGUCUCGGGGAUUUAGGGAAAAAACAAACAACAAAAAAAACCCCACCAACUCCCCUAAGUUAGGUGCUCGGGACUAACCACACCCAAACUGGUCUCGUGGCUUUAAAAAAAUUGCCACAUCCCCUAAGCUGGGAACUAAGGGCGGGCACUGCUCUUUUGCCUAAGCACAGGCAUAAGGGGUCCAUGAACUUGGAAUGCCCGUCACCCCUGCCUAGACCUGUGUGGGCCGAUUCAACAGUGUAGGCCCUCAUUAGCAUAGUACAACAAGGAGUAUACAUGAAGCCUAUUUUUAACUGCAACAACCAAGUGGGAGUAGCAGAUUCGUGACAUUUGACAGCAUCCUGCCCAUUAAACGUAGUCCUCACCCACCCACAUUAGGGGCCUGAGUACUGGCAGAUUCACCCAUUCCACCUAGCCACCUACGAUAGGGAUCCAAGAAUAAGUGGAGCCUCCCAGUCCUUACGACCAACAGCAUUUGUGCCCAAAGUCUGGCUGCAAAACCUACCCACCUACAUGCUCGAGGUGACAGGGACAUGCCUUCUAUCUAGGCACUCAAGGGCAGCCAUCAGGCCCCUACCUUGCUAAGCACAUAGCCCCCUACUGCAGCCAGAUGCCUGUGCCUGUUUGAAUCACCCCUAUGUAGCCAUGCACACCUAGGACUGUGGGUCAAAGCCUGCACCACACACUUGGUGACCAACUAUCUGGACACCUGAGCUUAAUCCACACAAGAAAAGUAAACAGACUCCUGGGCUUACAGUCCAGCUCUAAAUACCUGGUGACAGCUUCAAAGACACCAAUAAUCAAAGCAGCUCACACACCUGGCCUAUUUGGGCAUAUUAAAACAAAAAAGCUAGGACAGAAUCAGCAAACAUACAAUAAAUAAAUAUAAUAACUUA